AAUUCCUAUAUUAAGUAAAUAAAUAAUAAAGUCCCUAUUGAACAUAAGUACGAUAAAAAUUUGUUCAAAAAAUUGUGUGAUUCGACUUGACUUUUAAAAAAUGUCGAAAGUGUUUUUCUAUUCUUGUCUAAUUGGUUUGUUUUUGGAUGUUUCCAAGGGUUGGGUUAUAAAUGAUAUAAAUGCUAAGAUGUUGUCAAAAGGAUUGUUUUCAAAUGAACUCAGUGAUGAAGACAUUAUGAUGGCUGAAGCUAGCACCUUGUUCCAACAACGGAUCAGUUUAAUAUUUCCAGGCACAAAAUGGUGUGGUGCAGGCAAUGUGGCUGAAAACUAUGAUGAUCUAGGCACUGAAAAGGAAGCAGACAUGUGUUGCAGAGAACAUGACAACUGUCCCGACUUGAUUCCUGGAGGAGGAACUAAAUAUAAUUUGACUAACGACGCUUUUUAUACUAGAUUAAGUUGUACGUGUGACGAAAAAUUCUUGACAUGUUUGAGGUCUGCUAACACGAAGGUCGCCAGGUACAUUGGAGUGAUAUACUUCGAUGGAUUACAAACCAAAUGCUACAGAGAAGACUAUCCAGUCACAAAAUGCAAUAAGAAAGGAGGAUGGUUCAAAACGAAAUGCGUGGAAUAUUCGUACAAUACAAAAGGGAAAAAGAUCUACCAGUGGUUCGACGUGGAAGAUUUCUGAAAAAAAAACGUGUGUCUAGACGAUUUUAGCUUUAAAUUAAGUGUACUUAAAGGACAUUAUUUAUUAAACUGAGUGAUUAUUUAUUUGUGAUAGUGUGUUCUGCCUCUUUGGGAACUAGAAGUGAUUGAUGUUACGUUAAAUCAGUAUAUGAGUACAAACUGAACUGUAUUUGUGUUAAGUGCUUAUUUAAGUAUAGGUAAGCAGUUAGCGAAAGUAUUUAAUAUGCAGGUAAGAAAAUAGAGAUUAAUUCAGUAUAGACAAGGUACAGACAUGAUAUAUAAAGCCUAACUUUACGUUACUAUCAAAUAUUAACCGUGUAUUGUAAUUUUUUAAUGGCUAGUAUGUGGUUACUGUGUCCGUACUGAACCAAUCUUUAUACUCUUACCUACAGCUGUAGCAAAAUGCCAUUUAGCGCUUGUCUACUUUUUAUCCCCUUUGGCAACUGAGACUUGUCUACUUGUAGAAUAGAAAACUAAA